AUGGUUAAAGAAAUGCAGCUCUACGAUUCAUUAGGAGUCUCAGCUUCCGCGACGCAAGAUGAGAUCAAGAAAGCUUACCGCAAGGCGGCGCUGAAAUGGCAUCCCGACAAGAACAAGGACAACCCGCAGGCUGCCGAGAAGUUCAAGGAAUGUUCACAAGCUUACGAAAUCCUCUCCGACCCCGAAAAGCGCAAGACAUACGACCAGUACGGUCUCGAGUUCAUAUUGCGCGGCGGCGUACCCCCGCCUGAGGGUGCAGGCGGGCCUGGAGGCAACCCCUUCGAGGCAGGCGGUGGUGGCUUUCCAUUCUCAGGCAGCGCCGGUAUGCCAGGCGGCGCGCGAUCAUUCCAUUUCUCGAGCAACGGCGGCCACGGCUUCAACUUUUCGAACGCGGAUGACAUAUUCUCGGAAUUCUUGCGAGGCAGCGGAGGUGGCGGUGGCGGCGGCGGCGGUGACGAUGACGAGUUUGGUUUCGGUGGUUUUGGAAUGGGCGGUAUGCCAGGAGGCAUGGGUGGGACGCCCCGGUCAAAGGGCGCACGAGGACCGAGCGGAGGGAGAUUCGCAGGAGGUAGAAGAGCACCAGAGCCUGAAGUCACCGUCGUCGAGAAGCCACUGGCCGUGUCCCUCGAGGAGCUGUUCAACGGUACAUCGAAGAAGCUGAAGAUCAAGCGCAAGACAUAUGACCAAGCGACUGGCAAGCAAAGCACACAAGACCGGAUUCUCGAGGUGCCAAUCAAGAAGGGCCUCAAGGCUGGCAGCAAGAUCAAAUUCUCAGAUGUUGGCGAUCAAGUCGAAGGCGGGACACAAGAUUUGCACUUCAUUGUUGCAGAGAAAUCUCAUCCACUCUUCACUCGCGAAGGCGACGACAUCAAGCGCGUCAUCGAGCUCGAUCUCAAAGAAGCCCUGACCGGCUGGCGACGAACCGUGCAAACCAUCGAUGGGAAACAACUCAGUGUCGGUAGCGGAGGGCCAUCAGGACCUACCUGGACGGAGCGCUACCCAAACCUCGGAAUGCCAAAGAGCAAGAAGCCAAAUGAACGCGGCGACUUCAUCGUUGGUGUCAAUAUCAAGUUCCCGACCAGCCUGACGAGCGACCAAAGAGAGAAGCUCAGGCAGAUUCUCUGAGCAAGCAUAUCGGCCAACGACGGCCAACAUGAACUUUAAUCUGUCAUAUUUGCGCCCGAUCACACGACGCUGUGAUCUUACAGCGUCGUGGACAUCAUUUUCCUCUUCCUGCAUAUAUUCUGAUUCUAUUUUUAUUUUUUAACCUGCUCAGGUGAGCUAUCGGCGUUGGCGGAAAUCCAAAGCAUCAAUCGACGUCAUUUGACGUUCCAUUUUUAUACUCAAACAAUUCAUCAAGUGCUGAAAGAAGGAAAUCAAGGAGUUUUGUUUACUGGGGAUGAUGAGCGUAGCACGACGAUGGAAACGAAGAAACGAAUUACAUGAUUAGAACAAUGACGGAAUGAAAAUCACCUUCUCACAGUGAAUACUGUUGCUAUUCUCAUAUUACUCCUGCGCUUGAAACCUCGAGUCCUGGUGCGACUUUGGCUGUCAAUGCUGUUGACGCGAGUUUGAUAGUCACGAUGAGGCCGUUGUGAUUUAUGUUUGAUGUG